UUUNUGUCCCCGGGGGACGUGGCGCACGUGGUCUGCACCCACGGCCACUCGGACCACGCGGGCAACCUCAACCUCUUCCCGCGGGCCGAGCUGAUCGUGGGCGCGGACGUCUGCCGGCCGGGGGGCCGCUACCUGCCGACGGGGCUGCGCCAGGGCGUCCCCUACCCGAUCCACGCGGGGCACCUGGAGGUGCUGUUCACCCCCGGCCACACGGGCAGCGACGUCAGCCUGCUGGUGCGGGGCACCUCCCUGGGCAGCGUGGUGGUGGCCGGAGACCUUUUCGAGCACCAGGAGGACGAGGGCGAGUGGGCGGCCCUGAGCGAAGAUCCCGCGCGGCAGGCCGAGAGCCGGGCCCGCGUCCUGGCCAUCGCCGACGUCAUCGUGCCCGGCCACGGGCCCCCCUUCCAGGUGUUGCGGGAGGGAGCCGGCGGCAGUGCGAGCUGAUGGCGGCGCUCAAUGAAGGGUUGAAUGGAGGCGAGCGGUGGAUCUUUCCUGGCUACGUGGCUGGUCCCCUGGGGGAGCCUUCCCGCCUGGGGGCUGCCUGGGGGCCUUCAUCCAGCCCAAAAGACUUCCAUCAGGACGGGCGCUGACUGACGGGCACUGAACCUUUUCUGGGGCUUUUUCAGGCUCAUGUUCCCUAGCAGGAACCCGCUGCCAAUAAAGCUUGACUGGUAGCCCAGUCCA